GUUCUCGAUCAGAAGGUCAUCCCGAGGAGGAGGAGGAGGAGGAGAUGGUGCCUCAGAGCCAGAAUACCUCUCUCCAACGCCUCCACCUCGUCGAGAAGAGGAUUGUGCGAGUGUUGGAGCUUGCUGGGCUGGUUAUGGAUGAGCUUGCGAACUCCACUGGGCCUCGAUCCGACGCUCUCACUAGUCACUGCCGUGAAUUUAUGGUAUCCAUUAGGGAUAUACAAGUGACAUUGCGUGAAGAGAUUAAAAGUGCUUGUGAGUAUCGCCCAUUUGAGAAGUGUGAUUAUAAUGCCAGAAUUUCUAAUGAAAUUUGCUGCAAGAAACUGGAAUAUGUCAUUGAGAAGUUGGAUGAUAUGAAACAAAGCAUUGAACAGUGUAAAGAUGGAAACUGAGAAGCUUAUUUUGGCCUCCCAGCCUGUUCAUAUUCAAGCUUGCAAUCUUCCUAUACUCAAGUUUCUGGUCAUCUGUGACCGUUAACAUUUUAGGAUCCUUGCCAGAGAGCUGAAGAUCGGAGGAUUGUAAUUCUUAAAUCCAUCUAUUUAUUCUCAGACCGAAAAGAAAGAUCUCAUGAAUAAUUGCGGAUCAUUUUACUGUCUAGAGGAAUUGAUUCUUUAGUGUUUAGGGUUCCAAAGUCAGUAUAUGCGGUGCAUUUCAUACAUUAUAUAUGAGUGAUGUGCUGUUGUACCAAAUGAAAAACAAAAUUUAGGUUUUUAUUAAAUUUACAACAUUUUGCAUGAAAAGAAACAUUGAUGGAGGUUGGCAAGCAUGUGUUGUGUGCUUGUAUAUUUCUUCUCCCUAUUGUUCCAGUCUGGUCUGUUCAGUUGAUAUUGUUGCUCUUACAUAUUGUUUAUGGAGUUGACUUUUGUUGACUUAUUUUGCAUUUUUUGCUUGUGUACCCCUAUAAAAAUGGAAAAUUGGUGAUAUACCCUUAUAAAAGCUCUAUUUGCUUUGUGUC